AUGGAAGGUUCAAUGGUUUAUUCUCGUUACGACAUUGUGGCAGCUCUGGCUGAAUUCUUCGGAACUGCUUAUUUCUUAUUUAUGGGUGUUGGAGGAUGUGCUACCAUGAUAUCUUUUGCUCCUACUAUAGCUCCUCUUGCUGUUCCCUUUGCAUUUGGUUGGUCAUUGUUUGUAAAUGUAUGGAUUUGGUCUCCUAUUUCUGGUGGAGUAUUAAACCCUGCUAUAACCAUUGCAAUGAUGGUCACCAAUAAUUUGACAAUUAUACGUGGCGCUUUAUAUAUAAUUGCUCAAUUUGCGGGUGCUCUUCUCGGAAGUUUUUUAAUUAAUGUCAUGUUACCUAAUACCAAUCAAGGCGCCGCUUAUAAUGCAUCUACUGUUUUGAAUACCGUGUCACCAGCCCAAGGAUUCUUUUUAGAAAUGUUUGCUACCUCAGUACUAACUAGCGCAGUGUUCUGGCUUGCCACAGAAGAGGCAGGUGGAUCCACAGCAGCAUUUGGUAUUGGAAUGGCUUUAUUCAUUUCCGCAAUUGCAACUGGUCCAUAUACUGGAGCAAGUUUAAAUCCUGCCAGAACCUUUGGACCAUCAAUAGUUUCGGGUAACUAUGGUGAUAGUUAUUGGAUUUAUUAUAUUGGACCAAUACUUGGUGCACUUUUGGCAGCAGCCUAUUGGGGUAUAUUCACGAAAUUAGAAUACGAAAAAUGUUCACCAGAAAAGAAAACCAAGAAGAAGAAGGAUAGUAAUAAUAAUGUGGAUGCAAAACGUGAAUUUGAAUCGAAUGAAACUGUUUAG